AUGGAUGAACGCCAGCCUCUAUUAGACCCGCCACAUGAACGACAUGGGCGUGACCACAGCAACGGCAAAGACCACUUCGUUGAUUUCGAUCCUGAAGGUGACCAGGACAAUCCGCUGGAGUGGUCCAAGAGAUACCGAUGGUUCAUUGUGCUUCUGCUUGCUUUCAUGGCCAUGACAGUAACCUUCACAUGCAUAGGCAUCGUGCCCGUAGCCGGUGCGGUCGUCAAAGACCUCGAAGGUCAUAGAGACAAAUCUGCGAGUGUCCUACUCGUUACCAUAUGGGAGCUCGGCGAAGCAGCUGGGCCUUUGUUCAUCGCCCCGUUAUCGGAAAUAUUCGGGCGAUGGCCCACAUACAACGCGGCGAACGCCCUCUUCGUUGUUGGAAUCUUGAUUUCGGUGUUCAGCCAAAGCAUCGACCUCCUCAUCUUCUCGCGCUUUCUCACCGGCUGCGCUGUCGCCACCAACGUCCUCAACCCCGCGAUCGUCGGAGACAUGUUCCCUUCUGAGAACCGAGGCUCCGCCAUGGCCGCUAUGAUGCUGGCGCCUCUUAUCGGCGGAGCUAUGGGUCCAACAGUCGCUGGUGGACUGGCUCAAGCGACGGGGUGGCGGGAAGUACUAUGGCUGGCCAUCGGCCUGGCGGGUGUCUGCGAACUUGCCUUCAUCCUUUUCUUCCGCGAGACCUACAAGCCCACCAUCCUCCGACGUCGCGCCGCUCGGUUACGCCGGGAGACUGGAGAUGAUGGCUACAAGACCGCAUUCGACAGAGAAGGCACGGACAGCUCGACUAUGACGGUCCUCAAAGCCAUGGCGCGGCCUGCGAAGGUCAUCUACAGUUCUUCGCUGUUGCAGAUACUCUCCAUCUGGGGCGCUCUCGUGUUCGCGAUGUUCUACGUCUUUUCGACUUCGCUACCGGACAUGCUGCAAGACCUAUAUGACUUCAGCCCCGCGUUGACGGGUGUAUCGUUCUUGACGUUCAGCGCUGGGUCGAUAUGUGGCAUUGCAAUCUGCAAUUUCGUCUCCGAUUGGCUGUACAUCAAGCUUGAAAAGAAGCACGGCGGGCGCUCUUACCCCGAAGGCCGACUGCCGCUGUCCAUCUUAGGAGCCUUCUUUACCCCGCUGGUCAUGUUCCUGUACGGAUGGAGUGCAGAUCGGCACUGGCCGGUCUGGGUACUCCUGGUCUCGGUCGUGUUCGUCGGUCUGGUCGUGGUGACGAGCAUCGUGCCGAUGAUGACUUACAUUACCGACGCCUUCGGCCUCUACUCCGCCAGUGCGCUGACCGCCGUGUUGAUUCUCCGCUGUCUAGCAGGGUCUUUCUUGCCUCUGGCCAUGCCUCCCCUGACCAAUCUGGUUGGAAUCGGGUGGGGCUUCAGUAUUAUAGCCGCUACACUCCUGGCCACCGCCCCGAUUCCCGCACUUGUCAUGCGUUACGGUCCUCGCUGGAGGCAGCGCUCGAACUACACAAUGGAGCCAUGA